AUGUCGCACAGGGUCGAUUGUUGCGAAGGGUGGAUCGAUUGGGGGAAUGACUGUCGCCAUGGUUUCGAGGAAAGCUGGUGUUUCCGUGCUUUCAAAUUUCACGGCGGAGUCUCAGUUUUGGGGCUAGUGCGUUUGUUGCAGUGUUAG